AGUGGAACUCUUUCUCACCAAUACGACGAGCCAGAAAAAUGGAUCAAAUCGAACAAUCCCAGAAAGCACAAGAGGAAAAUAACAGACCUCCAAGAUAUGUACGAAGUAUGAUAUGUUGCAAGGAUCACACAACUAUGCAUCUCGGCGGACUGCCUAUCUUGGCACGGCGAGCAAAAUACUGCCUGUUUCGCCCCGCUCGUGGCCUUGUCUAUAUUAGCGGCACAGUCAGAUUUUGGAAAAUGAUUCUCACGACGGAGUGUUAUUUGCGCUGUGUAUUGAAAGAUUGGAUGGUUGAUCAGUGAGAAAUUGAUGAUUAUUAAUGACAACCACCACUUACGACCCAAAUUGUCGGGUGUACGCUAGAUUCGAUAAUGUUUCUCUCGUGUUGUAUACAGACAGACCAUGGCUACCUCCAUACACUUUAAGCAUCGAAUGCGCUUCUCCUCCUCUUCUUUGCCCUCACAAUGAAUAAAACUCAUCAGCUCUAGUCGUGUCGAAAAAACUCACAUCUCCUACAGCCAUCCCAGUAUCCAACAAUGAUUCUUCGCAACCCAAUACGCUCCCGAAGAUACAAGUUCCUCAAAACCACCCUAUGUAUCCUCCUCACCUUCCUCCUCGCAACUAGAAUCCCCCUCCCCAAUUUCCCCAAACGCCGCUUCGAUACCUGGGCCUGGGAUCGCAGCUGUCACGAAUUCUCCCCAUUUAGCCCAUUUAGCAAAACAUGUACGGCGUCGCGAGCCUCCAUCGCACCUGAUGUGCAAAUCGUGAUAGAAACCGGUGGCUCGGAACCCCAAAGUAGGCUUCAGUACCAACUUGCGACUAUGAUGUCUGAGGUUCCUCGUCAGAAUAUUUUGAUCUUUUCAGAUUUAGAAGAAGAGGUCAGGUCUUUUCAUGUUCAUGAUGCGUUAGCGGAUAUUUCGAUACGAGAACGAAAGGAUUACCCUGAAUUCGCUUUUUAUGACGAGUUGCAGAGGUAUCAACGACUGAGUAAAGAUACCAGGGAGCUUGAAGGUGGAUGGAAAUUGGCUAAGUACAAGAAUAUGGCUAUAAAGCGGAAGAUUUGGAAAAUGUUGGGAGAAACUAACAGCACGCUUCCAAGAAGAAAAUGGUAUGUGUUCAUUGAUACAGACACUUUUGUCGAAUGGGAUAAUCUUUUUGUAUUAUUGGAGAAUUCGGAUCCCCAGAAGAAACUAUACAUGGGAAGUCCUGUCUGGGCUGAUCCUAAAGCACCAUUUGCUCAUGGUGGUAGUGCAUAUGUUCUCUCAUAUAGUGCUUUGGAGUCACUUAAUUUGCAUGAUAUGGAAAGAGAUAGAGAGGCGAUGUAUAGUCAAUUCGGUGUCAACACAACGGCCUUGUGUUGUGGUGACGAGGCUCUUGCAAAAGCACUAAAGAAGAUAGGCAUCACGCUGAAAGGCUACUGGCCAAUGUUUAAUGGAGAGGCACCAUCAACUGUUGGCUUUGGGAGCGAAAUCUGGUGUGAACCAGUACUUUCAUUGCAUCACCUCGCUGGGACAGAUAUGGAAGACUUAUGGCUAUGGAUCGAAAAUUGGAAAGCCCGCACAAGGAGCAUGCAACCAUUCCUCUUCAAAGACCUAUUCGAGUACAUCGCCCCUCAACUAAUCCCCCAGAUGAACAAUUGGGAAAACAUAGACGAAGGCUGGAAAAUAUAUCACAACAAAGGUACCCCAGUAUCUUUUUCACAAUGCAAAGCAGCCUGUGUCGCAGACAAACUAUGUUUCCAAUUCGUUUCUCACAACUCUACCUGCGCAUUAUCCCACACGAUCCGAAUUGGUGGGAAACGAUUACCCAAGAACGAAGAUGAUUAUGAGUAUAUAUCAGGAUGGAGUUUGGAGAGAAUAAGGGAAUGGACUUCGAAGACGAAGUGUACUAGUGCCCGUUGGUUGCAUUCAAAUCCUUGAGUGGAAGAAUCGAUAUACCUGAAGUGGAAAUUAGAAAUAUGGGUAGAAACAGCUAUUAUCAAGCGGAUGUAAUAUUCCAGACCCCAGAUGGGGUGUGCAAUAUAUACCUCCUGCUCUAUUCUUCAUAAUCGAAAAGAAGAGAAGCAGCCCCGAGGGGAAAAAUUAUGCACCUUAAGAGGAAAAAGGAAACUUCCAACACAAACAUAUAAUAGAAGUCAAGAAGGACUGAAGGAAGAGUAAAACAAACCAAAAAUUCACGUAAAGGCUCGGUUAAUUACCGGAAGCUGGAGCGAGUAAACAUUACAGUGUGUGCAAAACAUAUAACAAUUGCUUGAAAGCCAUCAAAAAGAAUACAACAAAUCCGAAAAACUAGCCGACUCCGGAGGAGGCAAUAAGAAAUUCAAGAGCUUGAUAAAAGAGGGAAGAGGGAAGAGGAC